ACACCUCCACGCACUGGUGCGGAGGGGCACUGGCUGCCAGAGGGCCCGGAGUCGGCGCGGGGCUCGCGGGCGGUGGCCGGAACGGGUGCCGGGACGGAUCCCCGCGCGGCCGAACGCGACCCGAGGCGGCGGAGGAGCGGCGCCGUCACUCCAUGGAUUCCUUUGGGCAACCCAGACCAGAAGAUAAUCAGUCAGUAGUCAGCAGAAUGCAAAAGAAAUACUGGAAAACUAAACAGGUCUUUAUCAAAGCAACAGGAAAAAAAGAGGAUGAGCACUUGGUGGCGUCUGAUGCUGAACUGGAUGCUAAACUUGAGGUUUUUCACUCCGUUCAAGAGACAUGCACUGAACUUCUGAAGAUAGUCGAGAAAUACCAGCUAAGACUCAAUGUUAUAUCAGAGGAAGAAAAUGAGCUAGGGCUCUUUUUAAAGUUUCAAGCGGAACGGGAUGCAACUCAAGCUGGCAAAAUGAUGGACGCCACUGGCAAGGCACUUUGUUCUUCAGCCAAGCAAAGAUUGGCCCUGUGUACUCCUCUGUCUCGUCUGAAGCAAGAAGUAGCAACAUUCAGCCAAAGGGCGGUAUCUGAUACCUUGAUGACAAUUAAUCGGAUGGAGCAGGCGCGCACAGAAUACAGAGGAGCUCUGCUGUGGAUGAAAGAUGUAUCCCAAGAGCUGGACCCAGACACCUUAAAGCAAAUGGAAAAGUUUAGAAAAGUACAGAUGCAAGUGAGAAAUAGCAAAGCUUCUUUUGACAAGUUAAAGAUGGAUGUUUGUCAGAAAGUGGAUUUACUUGGAGCUAGUCGCUGCAAUAUGCUGUCUCAUUCGCUCACUACCUAUCAGAGAACACUGCUUGGAUUCUGGGAGAAAACAGCUCGAAUGAUGUCCCAAAUUCAUGAAGCCUGUAUUGGCUUUCAUCCAUAUGAUUUUGUAGCUCUCAAGCAACUACAAGACACUCCAAGCAAGCUUACUGAAGACAAUGAAUAUGAACAAAUAGGCGGUUUUCUUACUGAACAGCUCAAUAAGCUAGUUUUGUCUGAUGAGGAAGCAAGCUUUGAGAGAGAACAAGCAAACAAAGAUCACAAGGAAAAAUAUUCUCAGAUGAGAGAAUUUGGAGCACCUCAGUUUUCUAACUCUGAAAAUGUUGCAAAAGAUCUACCUGUAGAUUCAUUGGAAGGAGAAGAUUUUGAGAAGGAAUUCUCAUUUCUGAACAACCUCCUAAGUUCUGGUUCUUCAAGUACUAGUGAAUUUACCCAGGAAUGCCAGACUGCCUUUGGGAGCCCCAGUGCCAGUCUCACGUCCCAGGAGCCUUCCAUGGGGUCUGAGCCCCUCGCUCAUUCUUCUCGAUUCCUUCCUUCACAACUCUUUGACCUUGGCUUUCAUGCGGCUGGAGCAUUCAACAGCUGGGUCUCCCAAGAGGAAUCAGAGCUUCGUCUUUCACACACUGAUAACCAGCCAGUGCCUUCACAGAGUCCAAAGAAAUUAACAAGAUCCCCCAACAAUGGUAAUCAAGACAUGUCAGCCUGGUUCAAUCUAUUUGCAGACUUGGAUCCACUUUCAAACCCAGAUGCUAUUGGACACUCAGAUGAUGAACUCCUUAAUGCUUGACUGAAGUUAUAAUGUCACUUCAGUGGCCUUGAGACAUCAAUUUUGCAACGCAUUUCCUUUGUGGAAAGGAGUUUAUAUUGUAACCCACACACAAAAGCAUGGUGUUUGUGAAUAUAACACCUGUCAGCCAACUUUAGACAGAUGGUAAAGACCACAUUUGAAUAGGUUAAGUACAUCUUUCAUAUCUUGGAUUUGCAGCUGUUGGUACUAUGUGGAAAAUAUUAGAAACUUCUAUGUGGAAAAUAUUAGAAAACUAUGGAGUCUGCAAUAUUUAGAUACUGAAACUUAUGUCAAAAUAACGGCUAGGAGUAAUUCUGUCAAUAUGCAGUUGAGCUUAUUUCUUUGGAAACCCUUUUAAGUUGCCUUGCUGGCUGUGAGAAUUUUAUAUGUGGAUAAAAAAAGAUAGCAUGUAAAUUGGGUUGUGGUUUGGGGUCAAUUUUUAAAUAAAAUAGUAACAAGGAGGAUUUUCUGUUUUUGAAAACAGCAUUAGAACCAGACCAGCUUUGUUUUGGGUUAGAGAGAUAGAAUAAGAUUUGAGAACUUAGUUUGCGUUAAUGAAAUCACAGAGAAACUU